GUGUCAUUUUUUUUCCCAUAGAGCUUUCAUUGUUGAGGUUCCUCGGUGCUGAACUAACCAGAGGGUACUUCCUUGAACAUAAUGAGGCCAAGUAUACAGAAAGAAGAGAAAGAGUGUACACUUGUAUGCGAAUACCAAGAGAAUUGGAAAAGCUCAUGGUGUUUGGGAUCUUCCUGUGCCUGGAUGCGUUUCUGUACGUGUUCACCCUGCUUCCUUUAAGAGUUUUCCUGGCACUGUUCAGGCUCUUCACGCUGCCUUGCUACGGCUUAAGGGACAGACGUCUGCUCCAGCCUGCCCAGGUGUGUGACAUCUUGAAGGGCGUCAUUUUGGUCAUUUGCUAUUUCAUGAUGCACUACGUGGACUACUCCAUGAUGUACCACCUGAUUCGGGGACAGUCGGUCAUCAAGCUCUACAUCAUCUACAACAUGCUCGAGGUGGCAGAUCGUCUGUUUUCAUCAUUUGGACAAGAUAUAUUAGAUGCUCUCUAUUGGACCGCAACAGAGCCCAAAGAAAGAAAAAGAGCCCACAUCGGGGUGAUUCCUCACUUUUUCAUGGCCGUUCUCUAUGUCUUUUUGCAUGCAAUUCUUAUAAUGGUUCAAGCAACAACUCUCAACGUAGCUUUCAACUCACACAACAAGUCCCUGCUUACUAUCAUGAUGUCUAAUAAUUUUGUUGAAAUUAAAGGAAGUGUUUUCAAGAAGUUUGAAAAGAACAAUCUUUUUCAGAUGUCAAAUAGCGAUAUUAAGGAACGAUUCACAAAUUACGUGCUUUUGCUAAUAGUGUGUCUAAGAAACAUGGAACAGUUUUCUUGGAACCCAGAUCAUCUCUGGGUGUUGUUUCCAGAUGUCUGUAUGGUGAUUGCAUCGGAAAUCGCUGUGGAUAUUGUAAAACAUGCCUUUAUCACAAAGUUUAAUGACAUUACUGCAGAUGUCUACAGUGAAUAUAGAGCCAGCCUCGCUUUUGACCUUGUUAGCAGUCGACAGAAGAAUGCGUAUACUGAUUACAGUGACUCCGUGGCACGGAGGAUGGGGUUCAUUCCUCUCCCACUGGCUGUUCUACUCAUCAGAGUUGUUACAAGCUCAAUUAAAGUGCAAGGAAUCCUGUCUUACGCCUGUGUCAUACUCUUCUAUUUUGGGUUGAUCUCCCUGAAAGUACUUAACAGCAUUGUCCUGCUGGGAAAGUCCUGCCAGUACGUGAAGGAAGCCAAGAUGGAAGAAAAGUUGUUCAACCCUCCCCCAGCCGGCGCUGCGGGCAAACCGUGCAGUAAAUCGCAAAGUAAAUGUAAACCCUCUCAAGAAGAAAACCUGUCUGCUUCGGUCACCAGCCAGCCUAUUCAUCAAAAGGAAAAUGUCGUACCACUGCUUGUGACAAGCAAUUCUGAUCAGUUUCUGACGACGCCAGAUGGUGAUGAGAAGGACAUAACACAAGAAAACUCUGAGCUAAAACACAGAUCCUCAAAGAAAGAUUUGUUAGAGAUAGACAGGUUCACAAUUUGUGGAAACCGAAUUGACUGAAUUCUGUGGCUCCUUGUGCCAAAGAGGCAGAGUCCUGGGGUGGCAAAUGCUGUAAUACCAGGACGGACAGAUGCUAAAAGUGGCACUUACAUAUUUAUUUAAAAACUUAAGUUAUUAAUGGAAAGCAAAUCUCAGUGUCCUUCCUCCAGUCGCGUGGUCCGGCUGAAGGUCGGGUCACGUGGGCCAGCCGGCAGUGACCUCCGGCCUUGACUCUGGAAAACUUGACACACGGGGAAAAGUUGCUCCUGCUUGGCGAAGUGGCAGAGUCACCCCCGGCCCGACGGGAGCAGCCUCAGAAUCACUUCUGCUUUGUCGGUCUGUGCUUCCAGAACAUCAGAUUUUGCCUUGAGUCCCUUUCAGUAUAAGGAUAUUCCUGGAAACCUGUGAAGCUCUUACCACGGCGCUCCCUUGCCAGCCUCACUCUAUUUCCACAAGCAGUUUUCAGACGUCAUUUCAUCUGCCAAAGCGUUAAAAAAAGAAUAAACUUAAGUCAAGAUAAAUGUUCUUACCACCAGAAUAAUCUUUGAAGAUGUAUCUGAAUUAAUCAGAAUAAAAGGCUACCUUAAAUAAGACAUAAUGAAUAGUAGCAUUUUAUAGGAGAAAAAAAAACUUUAAGCCAGUUUAUUUAAAAAAUAUUCAGUAAUGAAGGUUAUGCAUCACUGAGAAAAUGUUUCAUACUCUGUACAGCCAAACAUGAGCUGUGUAUUGUUUAAUUACAGUGGCUAAAAUAGAAAUUCCCUUUAAAAAAGGCACUUUUUAUACUGAAAAAGCAGAGCAGUGUUAACUUUAAUGUAUAAUUAACUGGUUUCACUUCAAAACUAAUUGCUUCAUAAAUUGUUACAGUUAAAAGGAUUUGGUGUUGAACAGGCUGUCAGUGUACAGAAUUCAAAGGUAUCAACUUUAACUGGGUUUUCAAAGUAAGUUUUACAGUCAAUAUCCUAAGUGGACGGGACAUCGUCUCUCUUGGGCUUAGAGAAUGUGCUCGGCUUUCCAUCUGUGCACAUGUGCUGGGGAUGGGCAAGCUGUGUUGGGGGGGAAGUAAAUGGAGUGUUUGGGACAUGUGUCUGUGUAUGUGUGUGGAUGUUGGGAACAGCAGCUAAAAGAUGAUUUUUGGUUUUAUUUGAGAUCAAGAUUCCAUUUCUGCUUAAUUACUAGUCUGUGGCCUGCAUUAUAGGACAAGUUACUUUCCACCACAUUUUAUCUUGAGAAACCUUUCUGCAUUUUUAUAAAAAUUCUACGAUGUCUAAUUUCAGGACAUCCAGAUGUCACUGUUAACUGUUACUCCCUUUGAUGUUUUUCCAUUUUGAAGUUCAGCUCUCAUGCUGAUUAUUUCUGGCAUAUGACGUGCAGAAGGUUAAGUUUAGGUGAUUUGUCUAUUUCCUGGAUGAAAUGCAAAGCAAGCUUUAAUUUGGCUUGUUCAUUUGAAAAACAAAAGUGAAUUUUAAUGUUUUGCAUUAAAGCUGAAGAAAUCUGAAGAUUAAUGUUCACAUAGGGUAAAAAGAGGAAAUUGUACAAAAACAGUUUUGUGAAACCAGGAAGUAUUUUAAGUUAAAAAUGAAAGACUUUAAAUUGCUCUGUAUGUGUCAGUGAAGCCCCAUUUUUAAAUUAGUCUCUUUUCCGUCUUCUCUUCACCAUAAGGAACAGUAUCCAUGAGGAAUGGGAAUAGUCUGGGGAAAACUUGGCCAAACAUAGCCCUCAUCAGAGCAAGAAUAUGAUUUGGGUAUAUCUUCCAAUUCAGCUUGAAUUACUCUGUUGUGCUGUCAUUUUCGGGAGAUUUUUUUCUUUUCCAGAAUAUAUUGGGAGUUUGGAAUGAUGUUCAUUUCUUCUGUUAAAAUGGCAUUCAGUACUAAUUUUAUAAGUGCAUCUUGUGUGAAACUCAAUAAAUUCAAUUUUGUAAUCUUUUUUAAAAA